UUUCUUCAAAUCACUAUAAAACCAACAGUUUUAGAGAGAACGAAUCAUUCGUUGUCCAGUUAAACUCGAGUACUAUUAAAAAAUGUUCUCGAUAUACACCACCAUUUUGUUAGCAUCUAACUGUUUAAUUACUAACCAUGUAUUGGGCCAACCACCAAAGUUGAACCUAGACAUUGACCUGUCUUUACAGUUGGGUCCACCGUCAAGUUUGGCACCAGUACCACCUACCCAGGGCAAUGAAGAUGGACCGUCAAAUACGAUCCCAGUAUUUACGGGAGAUAAGGGUGGACUUCAACUUACCGAGGAACAAUGGCUAAAACGAUCUUUUUUUGACGCUAGAAGACAUGUGAAGAGAGUAAGACAUUUACCAAAAAUGAAUCCCGGUAUUUCAUUCGAAGAUCUUAAAAUGUAUUUUGGUAACUACGCUGCAGUUGUAAAAAGCAUAAUAAAAUCCUUGGACGCAAAAGGCGUUGCCGCUCACGAACGAGACCACAUAAAUAUAGAUUUAGAACUAUUCAGUGAAAUUGUUAGAGAAUAUUGCAAUGUCACGUUUCCUAUACACAAAUUCGUUAGUUGGAGAUACGUAGGAGCGAACCCAAAGAGAGAUCCAGAGAUAUAUGGAGAUUCAGAUUCCUUUGAAGACUCAGAGACAGAAUAUUGCUAGAUCAUAACCUAGAUCGAGAUUAGACGAAGAUCCAGAUCUGAAUUAAAAGUUAAAACCUACUCAUAACCGGAUCUUAAUCUAUAUCUUAAAAGGAAAUUAC